GCUUCGUCAGACCAAAGAGAUCGAAAAUGGCGGGUGCUGGUGGCGGAAAGGUCUCCUUCAAAGUGACCCUCACCUCGGACCCUAAGCUCCCUUUCAAAGUGUUUAGUGUUCCAGAGGCCGCGCCCUUCACCGCUGUCCUUAAAUUUGCCGCUGAAGAAUUUAAGGUGCCCCCGCAAACCAGCGCCAUCAUCACCAAUGAUGGCGUUGGAAUCAACCCUCAGCAAAGUGCUGGCAAUGUCUUCCUCAAGCACGGCUCUGAACUACGCCUGAUUCCUCGUGAUAGAGUCGGAGCUGCUGGAUCUAUGAGAAUGUAAACUACAAUACUCGCCUUAGUCAACUGGCUCCACACUUUUUUUUAUCACAUUACUGCAAUUGAUGAGAUGAGAACCAAUGUCUGCUUAUCCUUUCGAUUUCACUAGAAUCAAUAAAAUAUAAAAAGUGUUUCAUCCAA